AUGGAUGUUAAUUACCGUGGGUCGUCCUUAACCGUCAGGGGAUUUAUUUCCUGGAUACCGAUCUUACUCCUCUGCAUAACUGGAAGCUGGUACAUCCAUGUCAUCUUAAAUGAGAAGCCAUCUCCAUGGAUGGAAACAGGUUAUCCUACUCAAACAACCGAAAUUUGGCGCAUAAGAGUCUGCAAACUUCACCAUCAAAUCCUGAUGCGAAACCCCAAGUCUCCCCCUCAGCCACUACACUCAGUCCUUAACCUCGAUGUGACAAGACAUCCGUUCACGUUAUUUGAGCUUUCAGCCAAGUCAGGCCAGCCACUAUACAGCGCCGUGCGCCACACCAUUGCUGAAGCGUUCAGCAAUUUGUCUUCCGAUCCUGAGGACGAAGGGAAUCAAGAUUGGAUCUAUAUCACGAGGUCUGUUGUUGGGGUUCUUUUGGAUGAUCAGGCGAGAUAUUGGUAUGCUAAAUCGUUUGUUCCUGUGCUUACGAAAGGGAGAUUGGAGGGUCAUAAUUUGGAGGAUGGUUUGAUGCUGGAACGGGUCAAAGAGUUGGAGAGGCUUUGUGCUUGA